AUGCUGUGGCAAUACCUUUUGGUUCACACUUCGGUGUUCUCUGGCGCGUUGGCCGCGUCAUUGAGCCAUGUACUCCACGAGAAGAGAGAUAUCCCUUUGCCAGAAAUCAAACAACGCAUCGACGGUGACUCCAUAAUCCCUGUUCGAAUUGGUCUGCGACAGAGCAAUUUGCAUACUGGCUAUGAAAGACUUAUGGAAGUCUCUCAUCCUUCUUCGCAGAAUUACGGAAAGCAUCUGACUAAAGAAGAAGUUAAUUCAAUCUUCGCUCCAGUUGACGAGACUGUUGAUAUCGUCAAAAAUUGGCUCCUCGGUACUGGUCUUUUUGGUGAUGAUGAAAUCAUGCAUUAUGAAAACAAAGGAUGGCUCGCAAUCAACAUGCCUGCUAAGCAUGCCGAGACCUUGCUGGGAACUCACUUCUACGAGCUUGAAAGCCCUAACGGUGAUGUCCGAAUUGGUUGCGAGGAAUAUUAUCUUCCCGUACACGUUUCCAGCCAUGUCGACUACAUCAAGCCCGGAGUGAAGCUUUCUGCGCCCAUGAGAAAGAGACAAUUGAACCAGAAGCGUACCGUAUCCGGCUCAUCCCAUUCAAGUCAACGCCAUGUACCACACAUAAAACCACCACACUUUCCUAGCUGGGCCCUUCCACCGGCAGCUAAGGGAUUACCUCCUGAUCUCCAGAACUGCGGUGUCAAUAUCACUCCUACCUGUAUCAAGGCUAUGUAUCAUCUUCCCACAGCAAAACACAGCCAGCCAGAAAAUGCCAUGGGUCUGUACGAAACCUAUGAUUCAUUCUCCCAAGAGGAUAUAACUCUCUUCUUUGAGAACUAUGCGACCAAUGUUCCGAGUGGCACAAAACCCAAUGUGAUUUCCGUUGAUGGAGGCACCGCACCUGUUGCACCAGCUGAUGUGCGCAAUGGUGGAGAGUCCGACAUUGAUCUUGAUCUCGCUAUUUCCCUAAUUUACCCCCAGACCGUCACCGUGUAUCAAGUAGAUGAUCUACCAAAUUCCUCUGGCCAGACUGGAGAAGAUGGUUUUCUCAACACUUUCCUUGACAGUGUGGAUGGAAGUUAUUGCGAUUACUCGGCUUAUGGUAUCAAGGGUGACAGCCCUGGAAUCGAUGCAUCUUAUCCCGAUUCUCUCGCAGGUGGCUACACGGGCAAAAGGGAAUGUGGCACAUACAACCUUACUCGAGUUGUUUCCAUUUCCUACGGCGAGGCGGAGGUCUAUUUCCCCAAAGCAUACUUGGAGCGUCAAUGCAAUGAAAUCUUGAAGCUCGGUCUGCAGGGUCACACUAUUCUCGUUGCUAGCGGCGACUAUGGUGUAGCCAGCUUUCCCGGCAGUAACAAUGAUGAAUUUGGUUGUCUCAGCUCCGAUACUCAGAACGGAACCAUCUACAACCCCGACUAUCCAUCUGGAUGUCCGUACAUAACUGUAGUCGGCGCCACAAGAUUAUACCCCAGUGACACUGUUUACGACGCAGAAUCAGCCAUGCAAGUCAACUUGACUGCUUUCAACAUUGCCACAGGAGCUGGCCCAACUGAACCACCAUACGACUUCUUUGCGACUGGUGGUGGUUUCUCCAACUUUUUCGAACCGGCCUUUUUCCAGGCGGAAGCCGUUGCCGAGUAUCUCAGGAAGGACUUGCCAUACCAGAAAUUGCCCUACUAUGAGGUCAACGAUGCUGCUUCCAACAUAGGCGAGAAUGGCGGUGUUUACAAUCGCAAAGGCCGCGGAUAUCCAGAUGUCUCUGCAAACGGCGCCUUCUUGCUAACGUUUGUGAAUCAAACCCAAGGCACCUUCUUUGGUACCUCUCUGGCAUCGCCUCUCUUUGGAGCUGUGGUUACUUUGCUUAAUGAGGAGCGUACUGCGGUGGGCAAAGGACCGAUUGGGUUUAUUAAUCCUGCGCUAUAUGCUAACCCAUCUAUCUUGAAUGAUAUCACCAACGGCUCGAAUCCCAACUGCGGCUCCGGGGGCUUCCAAGCAUCCGAAGGAUGGGACCCUGUAACCGGUCUUGGAACACCAAACUACCCUCGCAUGUUGGAGUACUUCCUCAGUCUGCCAUAG